AUGGGCGUCCCGAAACCGUUGAUGCGGGUCAGGAAGAUGGAGGACGAAGAGGUGGCGAAGAUCGACGACCAAAUGACCUUCUUGCUGAACAUGAAGACGGGUCGGGAGCGCGCGGGGAAGAUGGUGCGGCUGUGCUGUCCGCCGGAAAUCCAAAAUGCCGUCUCGAAGCAGGUGCUUCUGAUGCAAAUGAUGACCCGCGCGGACGAGAAGUGGGUCUGCUACGUCAAGGGCCUCUACAAGAAGAUGGACGAGCUCAAGGAGGAAGCCGAGCAGUCCCACAUGGCGGAGCUCGAGGCCAAGCGCGAGGCCCUGGAGGCGCGGGAGAAGCUCGCUGCGGCGGAAGUGGAGCGCUCGCGUCAGGCCACCGAGGCCCAGGCGCUCCUGGCGCAGAAGAACGACAUCCAGUCGUCGUUGGUGCAGGCGGAGCAGAUCCAGGCGGCGACGGCGGAGGAGACGUUCCGGCUGCAGCAGGAGCUUGCGAUGCUGGGGACGAAGCACACGAAGUGGGAGAACGACCGGGCGCGGGAGACGCACCGGCUGGCUGAGGAGCUGCGGCGGGCGCGGGAGGCGGUGCGCCGGCUGUCCAAGGAGGGGCGGAGCAAGGAGCUCUGCUCCCUGCGGCUCAAGUCGCAGUUGGACGCGGCGGAGAGGGUGGCGAGGGACGCGGCGGCGGCGAGCGCGGGGCGCGUGGUGGACCCGGAGCUCCGCGCGGGCCACGACGGCGGCGGCGUGGCGGAGGCCGUGCGCGGGCCGGGCGCAAUCUUCUCGCACCAGCCGAAGCGCAAGGCGCGGUUCUCGCAGGAGGGCGGCGCGCCGCCCGGGACGAGCAAGGCGGCGCACGCGGGGGCGCGGAGGAGCCUGAUGGGCGAGGAGGGCAUGAAGAGCGCGGCGGAGCGGACGGGCCGGAAGGGUUCCGACGGGGCCCUGCGGCCGUCGACGGCGUCGAAGGCGGCGCGCGGCAGGGGGGCGUCGCUGGCCCCGCGGGACAUGAACCACGAGGGGAGCAUGGCGUCGCUGGGCGGCGCGCUGUGA